AUCAACUGCAACAUAAGGAAAAGGAGACUAGGAGUUAAUCUGACACAGAUGUAGAGUAGUAGAGAAGAUGGCGGUGGAUUUAGCAUCCUUUGAGAUCCAAUGCUAGUUAGACCCAAGGAUGUGCAGGGUGGGAGAUGUGAGAAGGGAUGUUGCAGACAAAGGUGACAACUACGGAACUGUUACUUCACAUGCCUUAGUGAAUGAAGGGGAGCAGGAUCUCAAGCCAGGGUCCUGGAAUCACCCUCAGACAGACUGGCAUUGAAGAAGUAUAUGGCAGGACAGAAUCAAACUGCCAUCACAGAGUUCCUCCUCCAGGGCCUGCCCAUCAAGUCAGAGCAGAAAAACCUGUUCUAUGCCCUGUUCCUGGUCAUGUAUGUUACCACCGUCCUGGGGAACCUCCUCAUCAUUUUCCUGAUUCGCCUGGACUCUCAGCUCCACACGCCCAUGUAUUUGUUUCUCAGUAACUUGUCCUUCUCUGACCUCUGCUUCUCCUCUGUCACAAUGCCCAAGUUGCUGCAGAACAUGCAGAGCCAAGUCCCAUCCAUCCCCUAUGCAGGCUGCCUGACCCAGAUGUACUUCUUCCUAUUUUUUGGAGACCUGGAGAGCUUCCUCCUUGUGGCCAUGGCCUAUGACCGCUAUGUGGCCAUCUGCUUCCCCCUGCACUACACCACCAUCAUGAGCCCCAAGCUCUGUCUCACUCUGGUGGCGCUGUCCUGGGGGCUGACCACAUUGCAUGCCAUGUUACACACUCUGCUCAUGGCCAGGUUAUGUUUUUGUGCCAACAAUGUGAUUCCUCACUUUUUCUGUGACAUGUCUGCUCUGCUGAAGCUGUCCUGCUCUGACACUCGAGUCAAUGAGUUGGUGAUAUUUAUCACGGGAGGGCUCAUUCUUGUCAUACCGUUCCUACUCAUCAUCACAUCCUAUGCACGGAUUGUGUCAUCUAUUCUCAAGGUUCCUUCUGCUGGAGGUAUGCGCAAGGCCUUCUCCACCUGUGGCUCCCACCUGGCUGUGGUGUCACUGUUCUAUGGGACAAUUAUUGGUCUCUAUUUAUGCCCAUCAGCUGACAAUUCUACUGUGAAGGAGAUGGUCAUGGCUAUGAUGUACACUGUGGUGACGCCCAUGCUGAACCCGUUCAUCUACAGCCUGAGGAACAGAGACAUGAAGGGAGCCCUGGGAAGAGUCUUUUGUAGAAAGAAAACUCCCUUUUCUGUAUGA